AUGUCGUCGCCAUCAUCAUCUCGCCGCCCGCUCGUGGGCGUCUCGUUCAAGAUGUACUUUGACGUGCCUAAGACGCGCGAGUAUGUGGACGAGUCGAUCUCGCUGCUCUCGUCCGCUCUGCCAUCGCUCUCCAAGCCGACGGACAUCUUUGUCAUCCCAGACUUUGUCACGCUCAGCUCGGUCGCCAGCCAGAUCUCGUCCGCACAGUCUCCGCUGCUUCUGGGCGCGCAGGAUGUGCACUCGCAGGACUUUGGCGCCUUCACGGGCGAAGUGUCUCCCAAGGUGCUCUCGCAGGUCGGCGUCAAGUUUGUCGAGAUCGGCCAUGCCGAGCGCCGCCGCUACUUUGGUGAGACGGACGAAGACGUAGCCAACAAGGCCGCUGCCAUUGCCAACAAUGGUAUGGUGCCGCUCAUCUGCAUCGGCGAAGUGUCGCGCCCGCGCAACCUCGACGAGCUCUCGAUCGACGAUGUGGAUGCCGUCGUCGAAGAGUGCUGGCGUCAGAUCCGUCCCGCGCUCGAAGGCAUGCCCUCGGAUGCCGAGGUGGUGCUUGCAUACGAGCCAGUCUGGGCCAUCGGAAAGGCCGAACCCGCCUCGCCCGAGUACGUCGUCAAAAUCACAAAGGCGCUCAGGAGGCGGUACAACAAGGAGUACGUCGGCGCAGACAAGCGAACCGACGAAUCCAUGCGCAUUCUCUACGGCGGCUCUGCGGGCCCCGGUCUGUUCGCAAAGAUCAGCCAAGGUGUGGAUGGACUCUUCCUCGGCAGGUUCGCUCACAAGCCCCAGGCCUUCAUCGACACCAUCAAGGAGAUCGCCGGCACCAACUGA